AUGGAUGACGACAAUGGUCCAGUGUCAGAUUCUCUCAAAAACUCAUUGUGUGAAACAUGCAAUGGUCUCGAUCCCAUCAACACCCUGGCAGGAAUAUCAACGUGGGCUUCAGGUGAAGGGAGGGUUCUUGGGACUAAGGACCAGUUGAAGAUGAAAAAAUGCCCGCUAUGUCAACUGAUUCUCACUGCUAUAACCCCUAUGUAUCUAGUUUACCCAAACUAUCAGUCACAAGGGUCGGUUACUUGCAAGCUCAAUUCCAACCCACCCUACUUCUCGGUGAGAGAUUCGACGAUAGGAUCAGGAAUGAUUCAAAUGAAGCGAGAAGAUGCAAUCCAGGCUCGCCGAAAUGCUGGCUUGGGAAAAACCAAAUCAACACAGGAUGAGGGAAUUGAAGACCGAAUGUUGCUUCGUCCAGUCCAGCGGGACCAGAUCAAUUCCUCUCUUGUCCGUUCGUGGGUGGACAGUUGCAUACGCGAUCAUGGCUAUCACUGUCGUCCUGGUCGCCACAAUGCCCCCAGAGAUGACCUGGAGAUAAAGCUUUUUUUGAUAGACGUGAAAGAAGAAGGGAUCGUUGAGCGAGUCGUGACUGGAAAACAGGAAGUGGAAUACAUAGCACUGAGCUAUGUAUGGGGACAAGUUGAAGUAUUGCAGACGGUGAGCUCAAAUCUGGCUACAUUACAAAGACAUGGAGCUCUUGAUUCGGGAAAUACAUCGAUUCCACAAGUAGUCAUUGAUUCAAUGGCUCUGGUUGAGGCUAUUGGAACCAGAUAUCUCUGGGUAGAUGCAUUGUGUAUCAUCCAAGAUUCCCCGGACAAGAACGAGCAGCUGCAGAUAAUGGAUUUGAUAUACAUGAGAGCGAAGUUGACCAUAAUUGCCAUGGCCGGUCAUGGCGGUGCUGAUAACCCGUAUAUCGGAUUUCUGCCCAUUUAUGAUGAGAAAAAUCGACUGUGCGGUGGUUUCCCCAGUGCCUCAAUCCCCACCAUUGCACCCGAUCAAGUUCAACAUUUGCGAAUUAUCGCACUAUGUUCAAAUUCGGCACUCCCUGCUAGACCAUACAGAUGGGUUGACCCACAUUUCUACCCAGACAUGAUGCAGGAUGGAAAGCUUGCCUACUGGAAGAACCCGAAACUUGUUUGUGAAUGCAUUCUGGGAAUAAUGUUGGUUGAAGUCCAUGGGGAUAUAGCAGAGCGUGUUGCUGUAGGGCUGAUACACCCAAAAGCAUGGGCCAAGGCGUCUCCGAGAUAUGAGGAGAUCAAUCUUGCAUAA